AUGGUUGCUUGGAAAAGACUGAUUAGAUUUGUUGCUGAGGAUGGUAAAAUCUACCAAGGGCAACCUAUUGGAAGCCCAUCUGAAGAUAUCGGAAAGCUAUUUUCUGAGGGUGCCAAAAUUCAAGCCAAUGUGAUUACGGGGGACAUUUUCCAUGAUGCUAUCGUUACCGAGCAAAUAUUGGAGGUGAAGAAACUUCUGGGACCAUUGACACCAGCCCAGGUUCCUCUCUUGAAAUGUGUUGGUUUGAAUUAUAUGAAGCACAUUCGGGAAGCAAACAGAACACCUCCUCCUUAUCCUUCUAUAUUUUUUAAGGCAGGAACUGCAGUUGCUGACCAUGGGGAGCCAAUUCCUGUGCCUAAGAUAGCCCAAGACGGUCAGUUGGAUUAUGAAGGAGAGCUUUGCGUCGUCAUCGGCAAAACGGGUAAAGACAUCAAGAAAGAAGAUGCUUUGGAUUAUGUUUUGGGAUAUACCGCAGGUAAUGAUGUUUCUGCGCGUUUUUGGCAAAGAAAGCCCGAAUUUGCGGGAAGAGUACCUCAAUGGAACUUCUCAAAGGGCUUUGAUAAGUGGGCUCCAUUAGGUCCAGUUCUUGUUUCGAGUGAGGUUAUUACCUCACCGGGAAAAUUGGACCUCAAAACUCUGGUAAACGGCGAAAUCAGACAGCACACAAAUACUGACGACCUGAUCUUCGAUAUUCCUGCUAUUAUUGCCUUCAUUAGUCAAGGAACUACUCUACAGGCCGGUACUGUGAUUAUGUCAGGUACUCCAGGUGGUGUUGGAAUCGCUGCUAGCGGAACUCCAAGGCCUUUGAACGACGGAGACGUAGUCGAGAUAACCAUUGAAGAGAUUGGAACACUAUCGAACAAAAUGCAAUUUGUUUAG